GCAGCGUGCAUAGACCUUUUUAUCUCGGACCUUGCAAUCUUUUGAGGAAAACGAAGUUAAUUCAGUCCGCCAUUGUCUAUCUCUGUGAUUGGUUGUGUGAAUAUUAAAAGAUGCGGAUGUUAUUAAUUUUUCUGGCGGUGCUGUCAACAGCCUACUGUCAAGACAAAUCCGGGGAUUUGGACUCCGUAAUCCGGGAGAUCUUUGGCAAUCCAAGCCCUCCGACUCCAGAAAUUGCCGAUAAGAACCAAGCCUCAACUAUUGUGCCACCGACACAGACUACAACCAGUGAUUCAUACGCGCCUUGCGUGAUGGAGACGGGAGAUGCCGGCCAAUGUGUCCGAUAUUAUCUCUGUAAUGGUAACAACUCCAUCAUCACCGACGGUGUGGGCAUCAUUGAUAUACGAGUACAAGAUGGCCCUUGUCUCUCAUACCUUGACGUAUGUUGUUCGGCCCCAGAUAUCAGAAAGCCGGAUAACCCAAUCACACCGAAACCAGAUGUUCAGCCCCAGCGUGCUGGUUGUGGUUGGCGAAACCCAGAUGGUAUUGGUUUCAAAAUAACCGGAGACAAAGAUGGCGAGGCUAAAUUUGGAGAGUUUCCAUGGACGGUCGCUAUUCUGAAUGAUGAAUAUGUUGAUCCCAGGAUCGAGCCGGUGAACCAGGAUGAUCCGAACGGGAGAACCCUAAAUGUGUACGUGGGAGGAGGAUCUCUCAUCCACCCGAAGGCGGUCCUCACUGCAGCUCACUACGUCACUGCAAUGCGAGCAAUGAAGGUCAGAGCUGGUGAAUGGGACACUCAGACCACGAAGGAAAUAUAUCCGUAUCAAGACAGGGACGUCGAACAGGUCGUUGUUCAUAAGGACUUUAAUAAAAAUAAUCUCUUCUACGACAUCGCUCUGCUGUUCUUGAGCACUCCUGUUGAAUUGGCUCCCAAUGUGGGAGUAGUGUGCCUCCCUCCCCCUCGCGAAAGAGCCGUCAAAGCCACCAGAUGCUUCGCUUCUGGUUGGGGCAAAGACAAAUUUGGCACAGAAGGCAGAUACCAAGUUAUACUGAAAAAGGUGGAGGUGCCGGUAGUGGAAAGAUCUGAUUGCCAAAAGGCACUGCGUUCUACGAGGUUGGGAAAUUUCUUCAUGCUACAUAGUUCUUUCAUGUGCGCGGGGGGUGAACCUGGCAAAGAUACCUGCAAAGGGGAUGGGGGCUCACCUCUAGUGUGUCCUAUACCUUAUGAAACAGACCGUUACUACCAAAAUGGUAUCGUGGCUUGGGGAAUAGGUUGUGGUGAGGACAGCACUCCAGGUGUUUACGUCGAUGUUGGCAACCUCAGAGAGUGGAUCGAUGACAAAAUGCUGGGAAAAGGCCUGGACAUAAAGGCUUACAGUUAUAACUGAGCCGAUAGAGUUGGGUCUUUAUUAUUAAUAGGGUAUUUGAUUGGUUUUAAACAGUGACGUACAGUAAAGAACUAGGCUCAAAAUCGCAUGUUAAAGGGUCGUCUAAAAAUACAUUAACUUAUACAGAAAAUAUUAAAAGAUUCAUUCAAAUUAACACCCUAUUCCGCGGCAGUAAUGUGCAAAGUUUAAUUGAUACAUUACGAGGCAAUAACAUUUUGCAUUAGCAAUUAAAUCUAAUUAUUUAGAAAAAUAUCUAAAAACGUCAAGUUACAUACACAAUUUUGUUAAUUUAAAGGUAGAUAAUACAGUCAAAUACCCUUAAGGGAAAGUCGAGACUCCUAUAGAAUUUCAAACUCAGAUUUUAGAGCCAUUUACGUUGAUCAAAAGUUUAUAUGUAUAUUUCAGAUGUAGCAUCAUUUAAAUAUUAUAAUGAAACAACAAUCGCUUGUUAAAUAAGAAGUUCUUUUGGGCUAUUCCAUGAACACAUACGUUUUAGUUUAGCAACAAGUUUUCGAAGAGCUAAAUAUUAUCUUGAAGGUCAAAUUAAGAUCAUGUCUGUGAGCCUAAAGUUACUUUAAGUUUUCCAGCCUUUCAGAAACUGUGUACCAAAUUGACUUGAUAAAUCAAAAAUACUCAUAAUGUGAUUUUAAAUAAAUAUAUUUCGUAUUAA